AUGGGGGACGCGAAAUCGUCGACGACGAUCACAACAGAAACGAUCAAGCGGAUAUGCGUGCAGCUCGGCUUCUACCGUCACCCCAUCUGCAACGAGAAGCUGUACCUGCACCACAAGGGCUUCGACAGCAUCGACACCGACGCUUUUGACCCGUACACCGACGUGAAGGUGCUGUGGCUUGAGAGCAAUGCACUCACAGUUAUCCCGUGCGGGAGAGAUAGCAUCCCGAUACAAGUGAAUACGGAGGAGGAGGAGCAGCAGCAGCAAGCAACGGAGGAGUCGGGGGUGGCGCAGAAGCGGCCUGUCUCUGACGGCUGCUCCAAGAGUGCGCAGAUGGACACAUGCAAGGCGGCACACGUUGACUGCUGCGCUGACUGGACAACGGCUCCGUAUCGCACGACGGCCAAUGUAGAAACGCAGAAGGGCGAUGACGUCAAUAAUGAUGGUGUGGAUCCUACUGUCGCAACUCUUGACACUGUCGAUGAUGGUGAAAAGGGUGAGGAGACACAUGCGGCGGCGGAGACCAAGAAGGACGUGUUCCAGUCGCUCUAUCCUACGCUGCGGCAGCUGUACCUUCACAACAAUGCACUGCGGGAUAUGCCAGACCUGAGCGGCUUUCAGCGGCUGGACACCGUCAACCUCGCAAGCAACUGCAUUCGAGCUGUGCGGCCGCUUUGCGCCGCGUUCGAGGCGAAGGUGGCCCGGUAUGAGGAGGCGAUUCAGGAGAAGGCGGAGUCGCUUCUGGCGAACUCCAAAAGCAUGCAGACCGAGCUGCGCGCCCGUACCAUCGCCAUCCAGCAGGAACAGCAGCAGCAACAAGAGGGGCGGCAAGGUGGGGAGGAGGAGGCGGAGAGGGAGGAGGAGGAGGAGGAAGACGGGCGGGGCACCACGCCCAAGGAGGACGACAACAAAAACGGCAACGCCACUUGUAGCAGCGCCGCCGCCGCCGCUGCGCGCGCGGAGGAGUUGGAGAUGUGGCGGCAGCGCGUGAGCGCCUACGCCGAGUUCUGCCCGCACGAGCCGCUCGACGUUGCGGAGAACGGCAAACUUUCGGACGACGUGCCGCCGGCGCGCCUCAACCCGUGCAGCUCGCUGCGC